ACUAUGCAGUCGUCAGGGACAGUAUAAGAGCUCAGAUAUGAGACUACAAGCGAGACGCAGCUGAAAUCUUUCAGCUAAAAGGAUCAUGAGGCCCUGCCUGGCUGUCUUCACCCUCCUUGUGGCUGCUCACUGCCGUAAGCUCUUCAUAGGACACCAGGUUCUUAGAAUCAAUGCAGAAUCUGAGGAGCACAUUCAGCUGCUGAAGGAGCUGGAGGAUGAUGAGGGGUGGGAGCUGGAUUUCUGGACUCAUCCGGCCUCCACUGACCUACCCGUGGACGUCCACGUGCCCUUCGCCAGUCUGCAUGCUGUCAAGGACUUUCUUCAGGCCCAUAAAAUCCCCUUCCAUGUUAUGAUCAACAAUUUGCAGGAACUCCUGGAUGAGGAGCAGGAAGGUUUGGAGCUUAGUGCCAUGCAGGAGCGCAAUGCUAGGAGUUUCAACUUUGGAGCGUACCACACACUAGACACAAUCUACAGCUGGAUGGACACUCUAGUUGCUGCUCAUCCCAAUCUGGUUUCCAAAGUGCAGAUCGGCACCACUUAUGAGAACCGUCCCAUGUAUGUGCUGAAGUUCAGCACAGGUGGGAACAAACGUCCUGCCAUCUGGAUUGACGCUGGAAUACAUUCCAGAGAGUGGGUCUCCACGGCCUCCGCUGUGUGGAUGGCUGACAAGAUGGCUAAAGAUUACGGUGUUGAUCCUUCUGUGACUUCUCUUCUGGGCCAAAUGGACGUCUACCUGUCGAUUGUGACCAAUCCUGAUGGAUAUGCCUUCACUCACACUUCCGACCGCAUGUGGCGCAAGACUCGCUCUGUCAACCCUGGAUCUGUGUGCCGAGGCGUCGACCCCAACAGAAACUGGGAUGCUGGCUUUGGUGGCCCUGGGGCCAGUAAGAACCCUUGCUCCGACUCCUAUCACGGACCCCUCGCCCACUCUGAGAUUGAGGUGAAGAACGUGGUGGACCUCGUCCAGAGCCACGGCAACUUCAAAGCCUUCAUUUCCAUCCACGCCUACUCCCAGCUCCUCAUGUACCCCUAUGGAUACAGCUGCACAAGCGUCCCUCACCAGGCUGAACUGGAUUCAGUGGGCAGAUCUGCCGUGCAGGCCCUCAGCUCUCUCUAUGGAACCACCUACAAAGUCGGAAGCAUUUGCAAAAUCAUCUAUCAAGCCAGCGGUGGAAGCAUUGACUGGUCCUACGAUGUUGGCAUCAAGUACUCCUUUGCCUUCGAGCUGCGUGACACCGGUCGCUAUGGUUUCCUCCUGCCUGCCAAUCAGAUCAUCCCAACUGCAUCCGAGACCUGGCUGGGUCUUAAGCAUAUUAUGGAAUAUGUUCGUGACCAUCCUUAUUAGGAUUAAUGUGCUGAAACUGACAAUAAAGAUCUCCAAG